UCCUUCAAUCACUUCGCCGAGGAUGGGAAAUGCGAACUCAGUGCCUCAGUGUUCGACCCAUGCAUUGCAUCGUCUAGCCUUUUCAAGAAAACAUAUUUGCAGAGGACACGAGGAUGGGAACAUUUCACCAUGCUUGUUCUUAAUAAAGGAAAGUCCCAAUGUUGCACUGAACAAGCUUACCAGAGAAACUCAACCGGAUACGCUCCUCUGCCAGACAUGCCAGAUGGGGAGUAUAACCUCUACCCUGGCACUCCACGUCAAACCGUUAAGCCUGCCAAUUUUUUCUGCCACCGUUAUAAGGACGAAACGCCUGGAUAUUACAGAGAUUACGUAAACUUGACAAAAAUAAAUACAUUCGCGUAUGACUCCAAGGAUGCCCCGCAGCAACUGGAAAAAUUUCGGAAAAAUCACGGCGUAACUACAUUCUCGAAGAUAAGGGUCAGUCCAAUUACUUUGAAGAUUGAUCACACUGACAAGACAUAUGCCACAACUAGUUCUCCAACAGAUGUGAAAAUAAACUAUGGAUAUGGCUUUGGAUGCAACCCCAAUUCGACCACGGCAAAGGCUAGGGUCAUUAUAGAUUUGCGGGACACCGGUUUCUCUAUUGACAAAGAUAAGACAACAAUCAAAAACUACCCCUACACAAGACGCACUGCUGAAACCUGGCUACACAGUGAUCAGUACCUCACAUACCAGUGCGAUUUAAUGCACCAAUUACCUAGUGUGACUUGGACUAGGCACUGCGGCAUUUGUAUCGCAAGUUUAUAUCUGCGAAAUAACUAGCCCAUAGUCCACUUCUAAAUUUAAGUUGAAAGUUGGCUGUAGCAUCUGCAUGCCAACCUGGCUGCAGCUUAUUGUGUUGCGAGCAAUUCGGCUACACGACAGUCAGUGAAGAAGAUAGAGACGGGGUUGUUUACUCAAGAACUUUUAAAAUAACAUUUUAUGGAUGUAUAAGAAUGGUUUAUUCAACAGUUCUAGUUGCUUACAUAUCAUUCGGUGCACCUGAGUUAAGGCCUGAUUCAAGAUUAUGAUGAUGCAUCUUGCCUUUAGACCUUUUGGUGGCACUGGUCGGCACUUCUGCAUGCCAACCCGGCUGCUGGGUUUUUGCCAAGUUAUUUCCAAUAUAUUGAACAUAUUGUCGCCAUGCCGCAGCAACAGGUUUGCCAUUUUCUGGUCUUUCUUAAAGGAUUGAUUACAAAUAUUAGGCCUAACUCUUAUCCGACGACCUACGUCAUUUUUUUCUAUUGUGAUGUUAUAGUAUUUUGUCUUCUUUUACUCUCUUGAUACUGUCACAUUGUCGUAUUACAGUCGUUUUCUCAGUAGUGUCUGUGUACUUGAGUUUGUGUUCAGAAAGCUACGCAUUUGUACAUUUCGAGUACCAACUCAUUCCCAUCCAGUGUUAAUCAAUGUUUUU